AUGGAUGAAGCUCGUCGACUCGCCCGUGCCGCAGCAGAAAAGCGGUGUGUGCUGUCUUCUGGCACCGGCAAGAAACUAGGUGGUGCCCCGGCCCUUCCAGGAGCGGAUAUACGAAAAGUUCUUGCAGAUGCUGCCGAGAGGCGAGCCUCAGUUACUAAAGGCUGUGCAAGUGGAACUACAGAAGGCGAUAGACUUGCAGAAGAGGCUACUCGAAACGGGUUUCGGACUAAGGCCGAAAUGGAAGAUGCAAAUGAGAAAGCUAUUAUGGAAGCCUACAUUGAGCUUAUCCAGCAAGAAGAGAGGGAACAAUAUGGCGACGCAUAUACGCCUCCUAGCUCGUCGAAUCCUAUGGGCCCUCAGGCUCUAGUACCCCCAACGCCGAACCCUGCGGGAACUUCUUCCAAACUUCAAUCAUCAAACAGUACCAUCUUCUCGUCAAACUCGGAUAUAAACGACAUAAAGUCUUGGACGUGUUCCACUUGUACGUUUAUCAAUAAGCCCUUGUUCCUUGCCUGUGAAGUAUGCGCUACCGAGCGUACCUCAGACACAAAUUUUUCCCCUCCUUCCAAAGCGAUUUCAAAGCUUGCCCAGGAAAAAAAGAUUGGCAAGCAACCGUAUCCAUCUGGAAGACAUGGUUGGACAAAAACUCGCAAAUCUGCAGUCCAGGCUAUUAUUGAGCUCGAAAAGAAUCAACCUCCGAAGCCAAAACGAUAUUUGGGGUGGGUGUGCCAUUGUUGCGGAGCUUUUAUGGAGUCUCAAUGGUGGACAUGUUCUGCCUGUGGGACGAUGAAGCUGACUGAUUGA